AUGGUUCUUUAUCCAAAAUCAUCAAUUUCUGAUUUAUGUUUUUGGUCACAAACAUAUUCAUCCGGUACACAAUAUACACCUGGUUCAUCUGAACAUGCAUCAUCACCAUUAGUAAAUCGUUCGACAGCUGAUCAAAAGUUAAAACGUUCAAGUUCAUCAAAACGAUUUUUAAUAAAAAAAAGAAAUAAAAAAGAUUCAAAAUUAAAACAACAAUUAGUUUAUAUUAGCCAACGUAUGAAUGGUGAACAUUAUGAUAUUCAUGAAAGUCAACCAUUUUGUUUAAAUUGUUACGAAAGAGAAACAAACUAUUGUGAUACAUGUGGUGAACGUAUUGAAACAAAUCAACUCCAAAAGGUUCACGAAUCUCAACAUUGGCAUGCAACUGAUGCAUAUUUUUAUUGUUAUAUAUGCCAUAUUUCAUUAAAUAAUCGUCAUUUUUUUUCUACAUUAUGGUGA